AAUAAGCAAUACGUGAGUGAUUGACAAGAAACGUCAAAGUAACGCGUAGAGAACGUCAGUGUCAGCAGCCGUUGCAUACAUUGACAAUUAAUUAUCUGAGUUUAUAUUUUUAACGUUAUGUAAUCCGGUUUAUUGUUAAUCCUAAGAAUGCCAAUUUCACCUUUCGCAAGCAUUAAAAAUAGUAGAACGAAGCUUAUACGUAUUAACGCUUUUUGCGCUGGCUCCAAUAUGAACGUAAAAUCAGCUCCCAAGUAUCGGCUCGUCGUCGCUCGUCGAAGCAUCGUUCGUCGAUGGGUCGCUGAUUUUAUGAUCGAACGGCGUGGCACACUUUCUACGGGAUUGACAACGGGACGCGUCGCCUGUACUAUCAGCAAGUGUUAUAACGUAGUAAUCGUGGUAAACCUUUGAAACCGCGCAGUCGAACGAUCUCUCAUUGUUCCGGAAGGGAACAACGGGGAAGGUGUCGAUGCGAAGGCAUAUAAGGUCGUGUCCGAGACGAAUAUAUCAUUUGAGACACGCUAUGCAUCGGUCUGUCCUCGUGGCAUUCGACUUUGAUCAUACGAUCGCCGAUAACAAUACCGAUAUCGUGGCACGAAAGCUGUUGCCCAAGGAAAAAUUGCCAGACAGCGUGAAGGAUUUGUAUCGUUCCAACGGUUGGAUCACGUACAUGGGGAAGAUAUUCGAAUUGCUGCACACCAAUUCCAUCGGCACAGAGCAAAUAAAAAGUGCCAUCGCCGACAUACCCGUUGUUCCGGGUGUCGAAACGCUUUUGAAAGAGUUGCACUCCCGAGGUUGCGAGAUCAUCAUUAUCAGCGAUUCGAACGCGUUGUUCAUCGGCGAAUGGUUGAGGAACAAACGGUUGAGUCACGUCGUCACCGAGACAUUUACGAAUCCCGCGGAGAUAGACGGCGACGGUUUAAUAAAGCUGGGCAUGUAUCACGUCCAAGACUCGUGCCAGUUGAGCACCGUUAAUUUGUGCAAGGGCCAGAUUUUAGAGGACUACGUUAAGAAAAGAGCCGACGAGGGAACGCGUUUCGAUCACAUAGCCUACGUCGGAGACGGUAAAAACGAUCUGUGUCCAAUUUUACGGCUGUCGGAGAACGACGUGGCGUUCCCGCGCAAGGAGUACGUGCUCGUAAAAAUGUUGAACGAUACCGAGAAUCGCGGGCUACCGAAAGUACAGGCGCGUGUAUUUCCAUGGAGCGACGGUUUGCAAAUUUUAAGAACGUUAGAGAAAGAGAUCGGCCUCUGCUCUUAAUCAAUAGAAUUUCGACAGAAGCGAACGAAAUAUUUUCCAUUUUCUACCCAUCAUCGAUUACGAUAUAGUUAAGGGAAAUUGUACUUGUUAUUAUACUGUGAAACGAUGCGUCACGAGCUGACGUACUUGACGAUCUCUUAUAAAAAGGUUUACAUGUAAAUACAUCUGUCGUCAAUGUA